GACCCGGGUCCGCCGGAUCGCUGGGUGGGGGCACCAGACUGAGUCUGGGGCAAGGGGCGCGGGCCGGGGCGGAGGGCUCUGCUGGAGAGCUAGCAGGACGCGGCCAGAGGCCCCACCCCCGCUUGGGGCCGAGGGUGGGGGGACGGAAGGCAGGGUCUGGGGGCCCCGCAGGGUUCGACUUUCCCGCCUCAGGUUUCCCGAGCGCCAGCAACGCACUAGGCGCCCUGCAGCAGAAGUGGGCAGCGCCUGUCCUGGGCUCCGCACGUGGGGCGCGCUGACCUAGUGUUCACUUUUGUUACCUGCAUUCUUCCUAGGGUCAGCAAUGCAGCCGAGCAGCCGCGAAGCAACAAGGCUCUGCCUGUCGCCGGGCCUCAGUUUCCCCUUUGUACCACAAAAGGGUCACCAAAGUAACCUCACGCGCGUGGAGAAACCGUGGUGGUGCACUUGGCCCACCCGGCGGAGAUUUUCUCCGAAGUGCCUCUGUGCUUCUUGCUGGCGACAGGGCCGGGCUGGCGGUCCCCCAGCAAUUACGAUAUGAAGCAACUGAACAGACAAGCGAAACUGCAAAUCUUGCAAAAAGUGUGGGGUUUCGUGAAAUUGGCAUGACGAGGUACAAAUGAAGCCGCAGCUGACUACAGAGGAAGAGAACAUCACUUAGAGAGAAAUGACCGAGUCCUUCCAGAGAGAACUGACUACCAAAGGAUUCCAAAGCUGAGGAAGUGCUCAGCGGGUGCUUAUGGAUCAGACUUACCCAAAGUCCCAUGGCUGGGCGGAAGACGGUUCUCAGAAGAGACCAGCUACGAGGCAUGGAUUGCCGGGGGGCCUUUUUCCUCUGCCUGUGCUUCAUGACUUCUCAGAGUGAGACAAUGGACACAUUCCAAGAACCCCUGCGAUGCAUGAGGAAACUGGAGACCGUAUCCAGAUACCGCAGACCGGCUCCUUUUCCUGACAUCAUCCGGGACCUGGAGAAUAGCCUGUUGAACGCCAGCUUCAGGGGCAACAACCUGACCUUGCAGACACGCUCUAUCCAGUCACUGAUCUUCAAGCUGGGCUGCGGCUUCGCAGGCCUCUCACUGAACAGCACCACCAUGGAGGAGUACUCCAAGGCUGGGGUCUCCCACGCCAUGUACUUCCCUGCGGAGCUGACCAAAGACGCCUGCAGGGCCCGCCCCAGGGAGCUGCGUCUCAUCUGCAUCUACUUCUCCACAGCCUACUUUUUCCAGAAUGCCAACUCACUUGUGCUCAAUAACUACGUCUUGGGGGCCCAGCUGGGUCAGGGACACGUGAGCAACCUCAACGAGCCUAUCAGCAUCAGCUUCCAGCACAACCAGAGUCUGGAAGGCUACAUGGUGACCUGUGUCUUCUGGAAGGAAGGAGCCAGUAAACAUUACUGGGGGGUCUGGAGCCCUGAGGGCUGUCGCACAGAGCAGCUCUCACCUUCCAGGGUACUCUGCCGCUGCAAUCACCUCAGCUAUUUUGCUGUUCUCAUGCAGCUGUCCCAAGCCCCGAUCCCCAGAGAGCUGCUGGUGCCUCUCAUGUACAUCUCCCUGGUGGGCUGCAGCAUCUCCAUCGUGUCCUCACUUCUCACUAUCCUGCUGCACUUCCAAGCCAGGAAGCAGGGCGACUCCAUGACACGCAUACACAUGAACCUGCACGCCUCCGUGCUGCUCCUGAAUGUCACCUUCCUGCUGAGUCCUCUGCCGGCCACGCCCCCUGUGCCUGGGUCAGCGUGCACAGCAGUGGCUGCCAUCCUGCACUUCGCACUGCUCAGCUGCCUCACCUGGACGGCCAUCGAAGGCUUCAAUCUCUACCUGCUCCUUGGGCACGUCUACAACAUCUAUAUCCGCCGAUACUUGCUCAAGCUCUGUGCAGUGGGCUGGGGGGUCCCAGCCCUGCUGGUCCUGCUUCUUGUUGUUGAGAGCUCAGCAUACGGACCCUGCACAAUUCCAGUCUCCAGCAGCCAGGAAAAUGGCACAGGCUUCCAGAACAUGUCCAUGUUUCUUCCUCUUCCUGUGGUUCUGCUCCCAGAGGCGCCGCUCCGAGGCAGAGAUGGAGACAGAGAUGGAGAGGUUCAGCUCCUCCCAGACGAUGCUGUAGUCUGCGCCUCCUCGCCCAGAAGACCUCCUCUCUCUGGCCGCCUGCAGCCCGAGGCUCUGGGCUCCCCCAGGGAAGGUGGAAGGCCAGCUGCUGGACACCAGGGGCCCCUGUGGCCUCCAGGGAGGCUUUUCUACCUCCGUGGCUUCCCCAGGCCCAGAGGGCAGUGCGCUGCUCUGCCUCCCCUGGUUUCCUGGGGAUGGGAAGGCAGAGCCUCUUUCCUUGACUCCUGAGGAAGGUGGCCCGUGGCCAGGUGGCCCUCUGAUAAUUGGGUAGGUUUGAAUUGCUCCUGGUAGGUGUGACCGUAUGGGAUCUAAAACCAAGCUUAGGCUACAAUUGUGGAGAAUCAGCAUUGCCCUUGACCUCUGUCAGAGCAAGAGGGAGAGGGCUCCUAAAGCCAGCUCCAUUCCUGGGCUGCACACCAGGGGGAGCUGUUGGCCUGUGCACAGAAGCCAUUGGCUCACCGAAUCCUAUCUGGAAAUACUGCCGCCUGUCUGGGGAACAUGACACACCAGAUGGAGGGGUCCGGCUUCUGGGACUGCUCCUGCUGAGUGACCAAAGAAAGGAUUCUUGCACUGUUUGCACACCCAUUUCUCUUUUCCCAAUGCAGCUGUUUGCUCUGGGUCUUGGGGUCUUGGGCAUCCAUGGCACUAGAGCAGGUGGGCUGGGGGAGACGCUCAGAGCCCCGCUGCAGGCCAUCGGACAGGUAAUAACGACUGUGGAUGGCAUGGUGAGGGUCCUGGAGCCAGAUCCCUUUUCUCCUGGGGGUGGGGGUGGGGAUCCUCUGCUCUCUGUUUAUUUCUGGAUGCCCAUAGCCCUUGGCCAGCUGGUGAGUGCUGUAGGCUCUGGAACCCAACUGCCUGGGUUCAAAUGGCCUUACCAUUUGCUAGCUGUGUGACUGUGGACAGACCACUUAAGCUCUCUGUGCCUUAGUUUUCCCAUCUGUAGAGCAGGGGCAGUUGUGGUGCUGAUUUUGAAGAUGAAAAAAAGAAUCCAUAUAAAGAGGCUUAGCAAGUAGGAAAUGCUCAAUAAAUCAUUAUUAUUGUUA